AUGAAUAAUCUUAGAAGACUUUUUACAUUGAGUUCAACUUUAGCAAAGGCUUAUCCUAUAAAUAAUAUUAGAAAUAAUAACUUUAAACAGAUAGCUGCUUGUAGAUAUUACUCUUCUGAAGUAAUUUUUACCAUUGAAUCGUCGGAGGAGUUUGAUGAAAAAGUUAUGAAUUCUCCAUAUCCAGUAUUAGUUGACUUUUAUGCUGAUUGGUGCUCACCAUGCCAACAACUUGGACCAAGACUUGAAGCAAAAGUAUCUAACUUAGGUGGACAGGUAUCGUUGGCAAAAAUAAAUGUUGAUGAGGUAGGAAAUUUAGCAGAUGAAUUUGAAAUAUCUGCAAUCCCAACAAUUCUUGGUAUGAAAAAUGGUGAAGUUAUUAGCAAAUUUGAAGGGAUGGUUGAUGAUGAGACACUUGAUAGAUUUAUUGCAGAUAUUGUUGAAAAUUAA